AUGACAAUUGAUCAUGUUGAUGACAAUCCAUUCAUUCCCAUGCUCAGGCAGAAGCAGGUGGUGAGACAGGAAGACAUUGGAGGAGGAGACACUUUCCAGAGGGAGCAAGUCUGGACCCGAGCCCCAAUCAUUUCGAGCAAAAAACCCAACAAGGGAGAUGUAAGACCAGGAGUAAACACCCCUCGUUUCCGGUGCCGUCAAGAAGGGGAACUGGAACUGGUAGCUUUCAAAGAGGCGAGAGUGGUGAAGUCGAGUAGGAGAGCGACUGCGGCUGCCAAAGCUGACAUCAUCGUGCACCGUGAGGCCGUUCAAUGCAUGCGAAGAGAGGGAGGCGAUCCAGCCGACAAGGUGGCCGUUCUGGGGAGCUUCGAGCUUCAGUUUGGCCAGUACUAGGGGUCAACCUUCAAGUGGCUCCUCGAAAACGACCUAGGCUACGCAACGUUUAUCGUCAACAGCCUGGUAUGUGAGAGGCGUUCGGACAAGCCACUCAGCAUGAGCAAGUUCAACUUCAAAGACCACAUUGAGCUGUUCAAGGAGGGAAAGAACGCAUUGCAGCUGAAGGCAAGGAAGGACACGGAGCAGCAGAAAGCCCUAGC